CGCGUCGGUUGGCAAACCCGCGAUAUGGCCUCGUCGCCUUGCGAAGUGACGAAACGCGAGCUCAACCUCGUCCAGGCAUCUAUAGACUGAGACCGCCGAUAUCGGCUCAACACUGCUUGCAUAGGUACCUUAGUAUUCGCCGCCAUGACCAACAAGACCACUCAACCUCCCAUCCAGACGCAGGGGCCAACAACCCCCCCAACAACAACCGCAGCAGCAAAGGAAACCACCUUCCGCUCCUUCAGCCGCGCCCAAGGCGCCAGCUACGCGCAGCACCGCCUCGACUACCACCCGCGCCUCUACCAGCUCGUGCUCGACCACCACAACGCCACGGGGGGCCGCCUCGACACCCUGCUCGACGUCGGCUGCGGGCCGGGCACGGCCGUGCGCACGCUGGCGCCGCAUUUUGCGCACGCCCUCGGGAUCGACCCGUCCGAGGGCAUGAUUGCUACCGCGCGGUCGCUGGGCGGCUACUGCUGUUCUGGUUCUGGUUCUACCCCGGAAAAGAAGGAACCGAUUCGCUUCGAGGUCUCGACUGUUGAGGAGUUAGAGAUGGGGAUCUCGCGUGACGGUACUGGUAUCCAAGAGGGCAGCGUCGAUCUGCUAGUAGCAGCAACCGCGGCGCACUGGUUCGACAUGUCUGUCUUCUGGCCGCUGGCGGCGCGCCUGCUCCGUCCGGGGGGAACGGUGGCGCUGUGGACGGGCGGGCGUAUCCUUGUGGAUGCGGAUCAGCGGUGCGGGUCGGUGCCGAAUAAUAAUGCCAAGGCGAUUCAGGUGGCGUUGGACAGGUUUGAUGCGGCGGUAGAUGAGUAUUUCUUGCCGGGGAACAGGAUGGUGUCGAAUCUGUAUGCUGAUUUGCAGCUGCCGUGGAUGCUUGAGCGGCCGGUCGCGGAGUUUGAGAGGGAUGGGUUUGUAAGGAAGCUGUGGGAUAAUGGUACGACUAGUAGUGGUGGUGGUACUGAGGAUGGAGAGAAGGGGGAGGGUUAUAUCAAGGAGUUCUAUACUGGCGACCAGAAGGGGGCCGAUGUGGAGGUGUUGGUCAAGAUUCUUGCGACUACGAGUCCGUAUAUACGCUGGCGCGAGGCCAACGCGGACGCGGUGGAUACGGAUAAAGAUCCGCUGCAGGUUAUGAGGAGGGAGAUUGAACUUGCGCUGGAACAAGGCGGCGUUGGUGGUGGCAAGCGGCUGGUGAAGGGGGGUGUGGCGGGUGUCUUGUUGAUGGUGAAGAAGAGGGCGCAGGCCGCGGAGUAAGGGGCCGCCUGUGGAUGUGUCGGUUAUGGUGUCUCGGUUGAGAAGGCAGCGACUUCUUGUUCCUUCCGACUGUCAUGGCGCAUUUCUCCUUAAGCGCGGGGCAGGCUUCAAGUUGGUGCAAAGCAAUGCGGAACUGACCCUGAAGGCCCCAAAUGGGAAAUGAAGGGACCAUGAGCACACAAUGGCGCGGUUCCAUGGUGAGCAGAUGGUCCAUUUUAGCCAUAGGCAGAAUGUAUAGUAGCAUACGAGGUCUUUCGCCCCUCUCAAUCAAUCAGCGUUCUCAUAUAA